GCUGCCGCUCCGUCGUCACCACCACCACGACGCACAAUCUACCAACUCCUCUCCAUCACACCCACUCUUCCGUGUCCAUCCUCAGCCCACAAAGGAUCCAGACACAAUGUCCACCUCUGCAGAGCUCUGCCCCAUCUACGCGCCCUUCUUCGGAGCCAUGGGCUGCGCGUCGGCCAUCAUAUUCACGUCGAUUGGCGCUGCCUACGGAACCGCCAAGGCUGGCGUCGGAGUCUCGGCCAUGGCGGUCCUCCGCCCCGACCUCAUGAUCCAGUGUACCGUCCCCGUCAUUAUGGCCGGUAUCAUUGCCAUUUACGGCCUCGUCGUGUCGGUCCUCAUCUCGGGCGGCCUCAAGUCGCCCAUGCCCCUGUACACUGGUUUCAUCCAGUUCGGUGCCGGCCUCUCGGUCGGUCUCGCCGGUCUCGCGGCCGGCUUCGCCAUCGGCAUUGUCGGUGACGCCGGUGUGCGUGGAACUGCCCAGCAGCCCCGUCUCUUCGUCGGCAUGAUCCUCAUCCUCAUUUUCGCCGAGGUCCUCGGUCUCUACGGCCUCAUUGUCGCCCUGAUCCUCAACACCAACGCCGAGACGGCCUACAAGUGUGCCGAGAUUGUCGGCCAGCUCUAAGCUGCUGCUGCCGCUGCUCGAUUGGGACGGACACAGCUAGUCAAAACCAUCGCACUCACCCUCAUGCCCUCCCCCACCCCCACCUCCUCCCCCCACUUCAUUCUUCUAAGCCACGCUGGCGAAAGGACUAGAAACCCGCCGUCGUGCACACCACAAAGUUAGAACCCCGUGAUGCACUCGUGAAGUUGCAGA